UUUUCCCACCACUAUCAACCAAACAAAAAACACCAAACAAACGCCUAUACAUAGAAAGUAUUUUAUUAGUUGCUAAAGAAACAUAAAAAAAAUGAAUUCCAACAUGAAUAUGAUGUCCAUGGGUGGGCCACCCAUGAUGCAAGUGAUGCAAUCAUCUCCACAACCCAUGAUGCCGGGAUCGGGAUCUGGUCCCGUCCCCGUCCAGCAUCAGCAGCAGCAACAACAACAACAGGCUGAGAAACUCGACAACAUAUCAAAGGUUAAAAGCCUGUUGGCCCCCUUGCGGGAGUCGAUGUUCCUGACAAUUCGUUCAAGUGCCUUUACUCUGCAACAAAAUAAUCUUGCCGAUAAUUUGAAACGGGAUACUACAGCUCACGGUCAUCAUAACCCGCGGUUCGAUAAGCACUUGGAGGAUUUCUAUGCCUGCUGCGAUCAGAUUGAGUUGCACCUGAAAACGGCGAUGCAAUGCAUGCAACAACAAAACUCCUCCAACCACUAUCUGCCGGGAAUGGUCACACCCAUGCGCAUGGAGAGCUUUAUUACAGACAACGCUGGACCUAUUCCAUAUCCCACGUACUUAAACACUGUGCGAGUGCAUGUUCAGUCAGCAAAGGAUAUACAUGAUACUCUAAUUAGUGCAGCUCAAAAUAUUUCGCAAGCUGAUUGAUAAUGGCCCAUUGUAUAAGUUUAAGUUUCGUCAUUAAAAUUUUAUUAUAAAUAUGUAUACAUAUGUAAAUUACAUACAGAA